AUGUCUCUCGCUCGCCAGACCGUACUUGCUUCCCGUUCCUUUGCUGCUCGCAGGGCAUUUGCUUCAUCUGCCAUUCGCUCCCAGGCUGUCCCCACUCAAGAGACCGGCCAAAUCCCCACUGGAAAAAAGCCACUUAAUAAAGUCUUCAAAAUCUACCGAUGGAAUCCAGAUGAACCUGCAUCCAAACCCAAGCUUCAGAGCUACACGAUCGAUUUAAACUCGUGUGGCCCCAUGGUCCUCGAUGCCCUCAUUAAAAUAAAAAACGAGAUUGAUCCUACACUGACUUUCCGCCGAUCGUGUCGUGAGGGCAUCUGUGGCUCGUGUGCUAUGAAUAUUGAUGGCAUUAACACACUUGCUUGCCUCUGCCGUAUCUCCCGCUCCGAGAACCAGGAUGCGAAGAUUUAUCCUCUACCUCAUAUGUACGUUGUCAAGGACCUUGUCCCAGAUCUCACCCAAUUCUAUAAACAAUACAAAUCUAUCGAGCCCUACCUCAAGAACGACAACCCGCCAGAGAAGGGCGAGUUUUUACAAUCUCCAGAGGACAGGCGCAAACUCGAUGGCAUGUAUGAGUGCAUUCUGUGCGCGUGUUGCUCCACUAGCUGCCCAAGCUAUUGGUGGAACCAAGACGAGUACCUGGGCCCAGCUACACUCAUGCAGGCUUACAGGUGGAUUGCGGAUUCUCGCGACUCUUAUGGAGCGGAGCGUAAGGAACGCUUACAGAAUAGCUUGAGUGUUUACCGGUGCCAUACUAUCUUUAACUGCACCCGAACUUGCCCCAAGGGUCUCAAUCCUGCACAAGCUAUUGCUAAAAUUAAGCAGGAGUUGGCAGCAGACUAA